CGUUACUAGUACUUAAUGUCCCACGUGUUUGAUAAAAACAGUUUGUUAUGGUUAACUCUCCUUGUGUAUUGUUAUCAGUACAAAUCGGGCUAUAUCAGUCUGUGUUAUACACUUGUAGUGAAGCUGUCGUCUUACUGGACAACAAUGGCUAAGAUUGCACCGAACCCGGCGAAGGCGCUGUUGAGGUCGGAGAUAGCUGCGCGCAUCGCGGCUCUCACUACCGAGGAGAAAAAACGACAGUCACAAAUUGUAUUUGAUAAGGUAAUCAACCACCCCUUCUACAAAUUCGCGAACCGCAUCGCUCUAUACAUGAGCACAGACCAAGAGAUCGACACAGCUCCAAUCAUCAGACACAUCAAGGCUCGUGGUGCCGCGGCCUUCGUGCCGCAGUACGCUGGUGGUCGCAUGAGGAUGCUGCGGCUAGAGGCAGAGGAUGAGAAGAACAUGAGCAUCACCAAGCAUGGGAUAGCGCAGCACGGGAAAGAUCAGGCUAGAGAAGAUGCUUUGGAAACAGGUGGUCUGGACCUAGUCAUAGCUCCUGGCGUCGCGUUCUCUAACAACGGUGACCGGUGUGGUCACGGCGGAGGUUACUACGACAAAUUUAUUGAGCAUCUUAGGUCUAAGUCACCGGAAUCAAAGAUUGUGGCUAUUGCUUUCUCGUGCCAAGUCGUGGAUGAGGUGCCGACCAACGAGCAGGAUCAGAAAGUUGACGCCUUGAUAUAUGCAAACGAAUAAACAAGAUCUACUAACAAAUAUACAAAAAUUUAAUUUUUGAGUUGUCCUUAAAUGUAUAUCUGUCACUAUUUUCUUCUUUAAAUGGAUAGAGAUAGAAUAAGAGUUAACGGUGACUUAUAUAGUCGUUUUAGUUUUCCGAUAUGAGUCGGAAAAUCCAUUCUAUAUAAUAAUUCUUUUUUAACUUUAUGUAGAAAAGCUGCCAUUUGGUCCCUUAAACUUUCGAGUUUGACUUAGUUUUUAUUUGAUGUCGACUGUAUAUUUUUUUUAGCAAUACAUAUUAAUUUAACGUCAGAUCAUGAAUAUACUACCCAGAUGAUUGUAACGCAUUUAGUUAGACGAUUACUUAUAUUAAGACAUAUCGAAAUAAAACACCAAAGAAUUUA